AUGAUUGCUGCUCUCGCAGUCACCAUACUUGCCACACAAGCGUUGGCUUCGCAAGAUGACAACCAACACAAUACCAGGCCUUACCAGCCGACAGCCUUUCAUAUCGGGCCUACGUCCCCUGAAGCACCCAGCAAUUUCAACGCAUAUCGAGUUGGAUCUUCGUUGAGGCUCACGCCUUCCUCCCCAGUCCUUACUCUCGACUACGGCGCCGAAGUAGCUGGAUUCCCUUACUUCACGGUGCAGUCACUUACUGGGCCGACGCAGGUAGAAUUGAAAUACAGCGAGCCGUACGAUGGUCUGCAACUACCGUAUAGCGAUGGACCGUUUCUUUUCGUUAAUGGCCUCAUGAACUCCUUCCGCACCGAGACUUUCAACUUGACCGCUCCUGGACGUGUCCAAUCCUCCCUCGCACAAGGUGGCCAGCGCUGGCAAACGAUCAAGCUUCUCACCAACAGCUCCAUCAUACUCACUGACGUUGGCUUUGUGCCCACAGUCGACAUUGAGCCAACAGUACAUCUGCCAGGAGCACUCUCGACAUCGAGCCAAGAUCUUAACAAAGUCUGGGAUCUUGGUGCUCGGUCAGUCCAAGCCGCCUGUGUAGAGCCUUACUCACAGCCAUCGACAUGGGACAUCACAAUCGAGGGAGCCUUGAUCCGGGGUCAAUAUCCUGGCACUUCAGCCAAAGGUCUUAGCUUCGGUAACUACUCGCUGACCUUCUUCACGAAGAUCGUACAAGGCGGCACAGGGUGGCGAGUCGCUGCGAGUGCAAAUGCUGGCUAUGGUGCCUACUUCGUCUUGACAACGUCCGGGCCACAUCUCGCAAACACGAACAGCACCCUACUCCCUUCCAACACUCUUAUAGCUGGUUUCGGCUUCAGUAUAAUCGACCAGGCAAUCCUGGCAUCGGCACCUCCGCAGUACUAUAAAGUUCCUUUCGAGAUCUCACAGGAUCGCUGGUAUCGCAUCACGACAACGAUCAGCGCCGCUGGUUACAACAUCUCCGUCAAUGGGACACAGAUUGCUUUCGUGGAUCUGCAGAGCUUUGAAGAUUACAUCAAUGCCGGAUGGGGGAAUCCACAAGCAACAGACGGUACUUGGGGGUUUGGUCCUUUUCAAGAUCAGGCAGCUUAUUUUCGUGAUGUCGUCGUAACGGCGAGCGAUGGCAAGGCGCAACUAUACUCAGAUCCGCUCACGAACGAACAUGUCCUGGCUGAGUAUCGCGUUGCAACGAACAGUGAUCAAGUAUGUCUAGACGGAGCAAAGCGUGACCGUCUAAUCUGGAUCGGGGACUUUGCACACACCGCACGCAUGCUAGCAGCAACCACAGGCUAUGAAUACAUCCGAAGCAUGAUCGAAUACGAAUUCAGGUGGCAGCUCACCUCUGGACCAGGCGCUGGGCUCGUUCCAAUGCAGGAGGCCAUGGGCGAUGCGUUCCAGUUCCGCUCGGAGUACUAUCCCAGUCAAUAUGGCGAGAACGAUUAUGAGAUUUUCUUUCUUCUGAUCGUUGGAGACUAUUUCGCGCUUACAGAGGAUACUCCCUUCAUGAGAGAGCAUUGGACUGGUCUGAAGAUUCUUGUUGAGACUCUGAUCGAGAGGUUUUUGGAUCCAGCCUCUGGCUUGCUGGCUGACCCCAACGGAGUUCUAUGGUUCACGGCACAGGGGGCGCAAAAUGCGACAGCGCCGACGGCCCUCUUCGUGGUGGCCUUGCAGGAACUCAUCCCGAUCGCUCGAGCACUACGCGAAUACGCCAGUGUGAAGACGUGGAGCGACCUCGUGGACAGCAUCAGCACAAAAAUCAAUCAGAAGCUGUGGUCAGACGAUCUUGGGACAUACAUCUUCGCUCUCGAUGAUCCAGGAAACUACUCCCUUCUCUCAGCAGCGUUCCCAAUCCGUGCAGGUAUCGCCAACACCUCACAAGCCACCCGCUCGAUCCAGAGCCUCUCCAACCUCUUCCUCAACAUCGGCUACAAAGACUCCACACGCAUUGGCAACUCGAACACCACACAGCUCUCGCCCAACGUCCAAGGCUUUCUGCUUGAGUCUCUGUUUGUCGCACACACCAAUCUCAACGUAUCUGCAGAUGUUAUCACGCCUGUCAUCAAGAACCUGCUUGAGGUCUACUGGCCUCACAUGGUCAAUCAGAAUGAAUAUUCGACAGGCUGCCCCUGGGAGUACAUGUAUCCGGACGGUUCUCCGGGCAUUGGCAUCUUCACUUCGCUGUGCCAUCCAUGGGGUGGUGCGCCUACAUACAUUCUUUCGAACUACUUUCUCGGCAUCAGACGUGAGUCGAAAGACCUGGGGUCCUAUGAGUGGGUUCUUGAUCCGGUAUGGGAGGUCGUCAAGAGCUUGGGAGUGAAACAAGCAAGCGGACGCAUGCCACUACCUGAAGGCGGCUGGAUCGAGGCGAGAUGGUCGCUACAGCCUCGAGGCAGGACCCAGUGUGAGGCUUUUGUGCAUGGAGCUCGAAAUGUCCAUGUGAAUGCCAAAGGGCCUUGUCGGAUGGUGCGAAAUUGGUCAUAA